GGCGGAGCGGCAGCAAAGUCAUCGCUAUCGGCCCCCCCUCGGCUGGCUCCGGGCUCGGCGCUCUCCAUGUCUCUGGCUCUGGGCAGCGGCCGCCACAGCAGCGAGUAGGGGGGGAGGAGGAGGAGGAGGAGGAGGAAGAAGAAGGGAGCCCGGGAGUGCCUCCCUCCCUCCCUCCCUCCCCCCGGCAGCCCCGGCCGCCUCCCGUCCCCUCGCCCCGCGUCCCUGCCUUCCCCUCCCCAAGAUGGGCUGUUUAGGGAACAGCAAGACGGAGGAUCAGCGCAACGAGGAGAAGGCGCAGCGGGAGGCCAACAAGAAGAUCGAGAAGCAGCUGCAGAAGGACAAGCAGGUCUAUAGGGCCACGCACCGGCUCCUCCUGCUGGGUGCUGGUGAAUCCGGUAAAAGCACAAUAGUCAAACAGAUGAGGAUCUUGCACGUGAAUGGAUUUAAUGCUGAGGAGAAGAAAAUGAAAAUCCAGGAUAUUAAAAACAAUAUUAAAGAAGCUAUAGAGACAAUAGUGACAGCAAUGGGCAAUUUGGCCCCUCCAGUGGAACUAGCCAACCCAGAGAACCAGUUUCGAAUCGACUACAUCUUAAAUUUAGCCAACCAGAUAGACUUCGAUUUCCCACCGGAGUUUUAUGAACACACAAAAACACUUUGGCAAGACGAAGGUGUGAAAGCCUGUUAUGAGAGAUCUAACGAAUAUCAGCUGAUUGAUUGUGCACAGUAUUUUCUAGACAAGAUUGACAUAGUCAAACAGAAUGAGUACACCCCAUCUGACCAGGAUCUUCUCAGAUGCAGAGUUUUGACAUCAGGAAUUUUUGAAACCAAGUUUCAGGUGGAUAAAGUAAAUUUUCAUAUGUUUGAUGUUGGAGGGCAACGAGAUGAACGCCGGAAAUGGAUCCAGUGUUUCAAUGAUGUGACUGCUAUCAUAUUUGUGGUGGCGAGCAGUAGCUACAACAUGGUUAUACGAGAGGACAAUCAGACCAAUCGGCUCCAAGAAGCACUAAACCUCUUCAAGAGUAUCUGGAACAACAGGUGGCUACGGACCAUUUCAGUAAUCCUUUUCCUGAAUAAACAAGAUUUGCUAGCAGAGAAAGUUUUGGCAGGGAAAUCUAAAAUUGAAGACUACUUUCCAGAAUUUGCUCGCUACACUACACCAGAUGAUGCAACACCAGAGCCUGGUGAGGAUCCCAGAGUUACAAGGGCCAAGUAUUUUAUUAGAGACGAGUUUCUUAGAAUCAGCACAGCAAGUGGAGAUGGAAGGCACUACUGCUACCCUCACUUCACGUGUGCCGUGGACACAGAGAACAUCCGGAGGGUUUUCAAUGACUGUCGGGACAUUAUUCAGCGCAUGCACCUUCGCCAAUACGAGUUGUUGUGAUGGAGAGCACUUUUUUCUGUGUUUUGGACUCCUUAUUCCUUAUUAAAACAAAAAAAAAAAAAGAAAAAAAACACCCUUGCCCACAUAGGGUGGAAGAGAACUGUUUGAAUCUCCCAUUGAUUUGCACCCCUCAACUUUUUCUCCUUGCUGGACAAUAGCAGCACUUCUAAGCUUGCUUCUGUACCCCUCGGACAGUUUGAGAUGGCCCCUAACACUUAAGAAAGGCCAUUUCCAUGAGGAUUCCCUAACACUGUUAUUAACAAAAAAAAGAAAAAAAAAAAAAAAGAAAUAAAAACUAAUUAAUUAAAA